CCCACGUGUGUUCAGGUCAGCGGCGCACAGCAAGUUGCCUGUCAAAUGAAAUCCCUAUAAUUGUCGCUAGAAUUGUCUAUACCCACUCGUUUUUAUAUCAGUGGACGAGUCGACACCGCCAGCCAUGUCCUACUGCAGACAAGAAGGCAAAGACCGCAUCAUCUUUGUCACCAAGGAAGAUCAUGAAGCUCCCAGCAACGCCGAGCUGAUAGCAGAUGAUCCCAAUGAUCCUUACGACGAACAAGGUUUGAUUCUCCCAAACGGAGACAUCAACUGGAACUGUCCGUGUCUGGGCGGAAUGGCCAGUGGUCCAUGUGGCACUCAGUUCAAGGAGGCCUUUUCCUGCUUCCACUACAGUAAAGAGGAGGUAAAAGGCUCCGACUGUAUUGACAACUUUCGAAACAUGCAGGAGUGCAUGCAGCGGUAUCCUGAGCUUUACCCUCAGGAGGAGGACAAAGAGACCCCUGCCGAAGCGGAGUCUGGGUCACCGACUGAAGCCUCGGCAACACCCUCUGAUACUGACUCUUCCCAAACAGCAGUGCCAUCUACAGACGCCCAGAGUGCCAGCUAAUCCCAAACUCGUCUCCAGGCUUUAGUUCACUGUAAGGAACUGCCCAAUUUCAAAGACUGAGCGGGACUUUCUGGCACCGACAUCUGAGUUCAGAGGGUUGAAAUGAUACCACUGUGACAUUUGACAGCUGGAUUCUUGUCGACGUCAGGACGGAGAGAUGGAGGCUUUAAUAUUCAGUUAUUAAAGGUUGGCGCAACAUUAGCUCCACGAGUAACUGCUGUCACCUAGUGUUUGAGGAAUUGCGUUUGGUUUCGAUUGAAAAGGUUAUAUGUGUCGUUUUUUCACUUCCUUUUUGCUACCAACCACUGGCAUAAUUCCAAGUCCUGUUUACCAACAAAACCACAGUUCUAUCGUCAAAUUUACUCGUGGUUCACAGAUGACAGAUAAAAAGACAGAAUGACUCGAUGGUAGAACACUUCAUUUAUUACAUUUAUCUGUUUCUUGAUGAAACUUCAUCCCCUGUUUGGUCACGUGCGCACCCCAGUUUGAGGUUGUCUGUGUGCUGGUGACAUGUCCGUGUCUGAUCACUGUCUAGUCCUGAUUUCCUCAAGGCCUUAAAUGAAGCGGUUAUUUUCAAUCAUGUACCAAAUAAAAUGACUGACGAUCAAUUGCCGUGUUUUAUCUCACUGAGAGCAAAUUUGUGAUCCACAGCGACCAAGUUUUAUCUUUUGUUACAGCCAUACUCCCGACUAAGUUUCAGAUUUGGAAGUCACAUUGCUCCCGUGUCCCUGUUUAGCCUUCAGCUGUUUGUAUGUGACAGUUCUGACUCAACCUAUGGAUGACCAUUUGAGAACUGCACAGAUGACAGUAUUGAUGUGUGCAUAAAAGCAAUGCAGGCAACCAUGACUUUCAGACAAAAAUAAAUUAUUUGAAGAGAAA